CCCCAACGAAAACAAAAGAAAAAGAGAGAAGAGAGAAACAGCAGCAACCCAUCAAUAACUGACCCUCCAAAAUCUCAGAAAAAAAAAACAGCACUCAAAAUUUCUAGAGAGAGAAACACAAGCACGAAUCCUCUCUAGAUUUUAGAGAGAGAGAGAGAAUAGUAAUAGUUUCUCACUACCCUCUCCUUGUAAUCUCACUCGAUCAUCUCUUUGUUGUCCCUUUUCUCUCUCUCUCUCUCUCUCUCUACCCUCCCCUCCCUUUCUAUUUGCGAAACAACUAUUGAAAGCUUAGGAUCCUCCGAUCCCUUUAAUUCCCCCUCAUCCUUUCCCCUUUCCCGCCAAUCUGCAUCAAAGCUCCCUCCUUUAGGGUUUCAGAUCCGGUUACAAUUGGGAUUUCUCGGUUUCUGCUGGAAUUGGGAGGCCCCGGUGCUGAUUCCGGCGGUUUGGGGAUUUGGGUGUUGGUUAAUUUGGGGAAUGGAGAGGGAUUGAGGCUGAUAAUGAGUGUGGAUUUGACAUGGUGCAUGAAAACGAGAUUGGGUUUUGGUUCUUUGGUGAACUGGAGCACUUGAGGUUGGAGUUAGGAGUAGGAGUUUGGGAUUGGGGGUCGCUGUGCAAUGUCUCGUUGCUUCCCUUUUCCUCCGCCGGGAUAUGAGAAGAAGCCGAGGAGCAGUGAACAAGGGGAUAUACUUGCAAAGGAGAAACACAGAGAAAAAAAGCAUAAGAAGGAGAAGAAGGACAAAGAAAAAAGAGAAGGUAAAGAAAGGAAGGACAAAGACAGAAGCAGAGAUAAACACAAGGAGAAAAGAGAUAAAAAAGAAAAGCACAAAGACAAGAAAAAGGACAAAGACAAGAAUAAAACAUCAGAGGUUCGAAGAAAAACUGAGCAUCUAUCUGAGGCUCGCCAUGAAGAUAUACUUGGAUUUGACAAGCAGAAGGCUGAGGAAAUUAAUGAUUCCAAAUUUAAGGAGGAGUUUGGAAGAAGGAUCAGAGAUGAUGAACAAGAGGCAGCAAAUCUCAUGGUCAAAGAUUUAUCCUCUACAACUCAUAAAAGAGUCGAGAACAUUAGCUGUUCAACUGGUACAGGGAAAGAAAAUUCUACAGGCAAUAAAGUGGUUGCAGAUGUCACUGGUACAGUACAAAGAAGGAAUGAAAAACUCACACCCCCUUUUAAGAAACAAACAGAGGGCUUUGGGAUUGCAGUUAAUUCACAGAAGCAAAAAGUUCCAAAUAGCGAAAAGGCUCUGCAAUUCAAUUCUUCAGAGCAAGGAAGAAAGGAGAUUCUCACCCCACAAAUGCAGAAAAGAAUUGAGAGUAUGGGCACUGCAACUACUAUGGAGAAGCAAAGAGCUGCAAGUAAUGAGAAGAUUGGAGCUUUUACUUCUGCAGAGCAAAAAAGAAACCAUGCUACAGGUCACCCCAUGGAUAAAGUUCCCAUUCUGUACGAAGAACUGAGGGCAUAUUCUCUGUCAAUUCAAUGCGCAAAAGGAAAGAGUGGCCCGGUAAUAAAUAUGGUAUCAAACUCCAUUAGAUCAACAACAAAAAGAAAUGAUGGGAUCGAACAAUCAACAAGAAGUCUCACCUCUUCAGUUCCAAGAAAAUUUGAGGACAUGGGUGCUGCUCCUGCAACGGAGAAGGAGAGAUCUUCAUUCCCGAAUAUCACUAGAACUGAGCAAAGAACAGAGGGACUGCCAAUGGGUAAGUCUACUGAGAAAAAGGCGGAAGGGAUGGAGAAAACUAAAGAGAAGAAAUCAGAGGAUGAAAAGAAAGAGGGGCAUAAGAAAAGAAAGGAGAAGGAUAAAGACCGACACAAAGAGAAGAAAAAGGAGGAGAAGAAGAGGGAAAAAGAAGACAAACAUAAAAAACAUGAUAAAUUAAAAGAAAGUGAAAUAAAAGAUCAAAUCGGCAGCCUAAACAAUAAGACCUUAGGCCCUCGUGUAGAAACUAUAAAUACUAUUACUGCUGAUGGGAUCAACAAGAAGAGGAAAGAGUUUGAAAGAAAUGGUUUCUUGCAUGAACCUCAAAUUGAUGGGAGACCUAACAAGCUACAAAGAACAAGUGCAUCCUCCAACUCUACAGUGGAGAAUGGAAGGCCAUUGGAGUUGAUUCCCAAUACAAAGCUUGAAGCCAUCAAUCAUUUCAAGAAUGAGAGAGGCCUGGAUAACAAUGGCAACCAUCUUAAUGGCAAGGUGAAAAUUCAGCCAUCAGAUGUUUGCAGGCCUCCUAUAGUUCCUCCUCCUAUUACUGUGGAUUCAUCAAAGAAAGAUCAAAUACCAUCAAUAAAACCCCACCCAGAUACUAAGUAUCUCAGCACUAUAUAUUCCGUUCCUAAAAUGGUGGAAUUGAUGGAGUCUGACGAACAAGAUUGGCUCUUUAGCAGUGAGAGCCCUCGUUCUAGUACAAAACUCAAGGCCGAUGGAGCAACUCCUCAGGUGUGGGCUAAAGGACAACAGAUUGAGGCGGCAGAUAUCUUUGCCCUGCCUUAUGUCAUUCCCUAUUGACCUUUUGUUUGGCGAUACCUGAUUCUUGAAUUACCUUUCUAAGGUAUGCAGCAAGAGGAUAAAACUGGUAAUUUUUUCUCUUGUUGCGUUGGAUUGUUACCAAAGUUUUUAAAAUUCUUUCAGGUGCGAUUGAAAAUCUUUCACUGAUAUUUCGCUACGCAUUGCGUGCUUGCUUCAUGGAGAAUGGGCAUUUUAUUUGUGAAAGUAUUGAAAUGACUGUUUGUUGUAGAUCUUGAGUCAUUUUUCUCGAGAGGGAGAUGAAUUUUUAGCACUCAUCAUUUUCAUUCCUUGAUCUUGAUUCUUACCGGAAAGAAUGCAAUGCAAGAGUGGCUUUGCUGCUGUACUACACAAUUUUGGUUUGUAUUAUGUAAAGCUUUCUAUUACGAGAAAUGUAUAAUAGAGAUGAUGAAGAAAAAAGGACAAAGAAGAAAGAAAAGGAGGAAAGAGACUUUUUUUUUUAA